GUGGCUCGUCAUCGUGACCACUCUGGACAGAUGACCACCAUCAUGACCCUGGCUGACCCCGGCAGCUCCACCAUGGACGAGGGGUCCAUCUUCGUGUACGCCUACAACGACGAAUACAACUGGUUCUACCUACUGCAGGAGGUGCACCUGGAGAACGUGGUGUGGGUGGAGUUGGUCUCUUACAACACUGAUCUCCUGCUGGUGGCCGUAGCUGAGGACGUACACGGUGACCAAGGGAGCAUGGUCAUCCUCUACAGAAUGGAUUGGUUUAGCGGGGACGGUGUUACUCCUCUUGAUCACCUGGACAGGGUUGUGGGGACAGCACCAACGACCCUGACCUCUAACAUGACCUUCAUCCUCAUACAAGAACUGGAAGUCGAGUUGCCCACAGAGGCACACUUCACUGUGCUGCCCUCAGGAGACCUUAACCUGUAUGUAAUGAACCGUAACGGACUCCUUACCUGGUUCACUCGGAUGGGGAUGCAGAGAUUCAGGAAGGCAGGGGAGCUCCACGUGCCUGGCAAGCUAAGACUGGAGGUCUGGCUCACUCGCCACGGCCACACCGUCGUCCACAGACUCUCAGUGGCUGGCCAGAGCUGCUCAGACUCUACACAGGACAUCCCUGAAUUGCCCGGAGAAGUGCUGGAGAUGAGAUUUAGGCCCUGGAAGUGAAAGUUAGGGUCUGGAAGUGAAAGUUAAGGUCAGAAAGUGAAAGUUAAGGUCUGGAAGUGAAAGUUGGUUCUGGAAGUGAAAGUUAGGUGUCUGGAAGUGAAAGUUAGGUGUCUGGUAGUGAAAGUUAGGUGCCUGGAAGUGAAAGUUAGAUACCUGGUAGUGAUGCCUUAACACUUAGUUUGUUAAAUUAUUAUUGCCAGAGAUUAGUUAACUGACGAUGACUACUGAAUCGCGUGAGAUGAUUUGUUAACUUAAUACCUGUUUGUUGGACCAUGUUAGCUAAAAUUAGUUAACUCUACUGUAUCGUGUGUGAGACGAGUUGUUAACUGAUUACAUAGUUUUAACUUGUGUAAACUUUGAUAGCUAUUGAAUCGUAUGAGAAGAGUUGUUAACAUACCAGCGUGCUAACAAACCAUUUAAUUUUAGUUAACUCUACUGAAUUAUGUGAUUAACCGUAAACUGAAUAUCUAGUUUAACCCAUAUUAGCAAUUGUCAGUUAACUAUUGAAUGUUAACAAAAUA